ACUGUAUAUAAGUAGGUCUUUGUAUGGAACAUCCAUUACUUUCUCAUCUCAUCCUCUCUUAAUCCUCCAUUUAUAAUCUCAUUCUUUCAGUGCUUAACUUGCGCACAUCAAUCAUCAAAUCUAUCUUAUCAUCUACUUCUUCUAUUUCAGAAUGGCAUCAAAUCCAAUUGUUCUUGUCACUGGCAUCAACGGAUUCAUUGGGUCUCAUAUCGUUGAUCAGUUCUUAGCAGCUGGUUACAAGGUCCGUGGGACUGUGAGAGCCGUGCCGAAAGCUGAUAAUAUCAAGAGAGUUCUAAGCGAGAAGCACGGCGAGGGAAGAAUUGAAGUUGUCGCCGUACCAGAUCUUGCUGCUCCUGGAGCAUUCGAUGACGCAGUCAAAGGGGUUGAUGCGAUUGCUCAUUGUGCAACAAUAAUCAACUUUUCCAGGAACCCAAAGGAGGUCAUCCCAGACGCCAUCGCCGCAGUGACUAGCAUCCUCCACUCCGCUCUGAGAGAACCAACCGUCAAGUCCUUCGUCCUAGCGAGCUCAAGCAUGGCAACCACACUUCCCAAACCCAAUGUGCGUUUCGCAGUCGACUCCGACACUUGGAACGAAGAAGAUAUCGCCAGAGCCUGGGAUCCCGAGCUUGUCAACGAGGACCAUCAUGAUUGGACAGUCUAUGCCGCAAGCAAAGCAGAAGCCGAGAAAGCUCUUUGGAAAUUCAGAGACGAGAAAAAACCUCAUUUCACUGUGAACUCCAUCCUACCAGCAACAAACUUCGGGCCGGUAUUAGUCAAAGAAGAGGCAUCUUCGUCUGGAGCUUGUGUAAAAGAGAUCUGGAACGGCGAAAUUAACAAGGUCUUGGGAGUUCGACCACAGUACUACGUUUCGGUUCAGGAUGUUGCGCUUCUGCACGUCGCGGCCGUGCAUUUUCCUGAUGUAAAUGGGAAGAGAGUCUUGGCGGGGACAAAACCAUAUAAUUGGAACGAUGUUCUCAAGAUCUUGAGAGAACUGCGUCCUGGACAUGAUUUUCCAGAGGAUGUGGAAGGUUUGGGACAUGACCUGAGCACCGUUGCCAAUGGCGAAGCGGAGAAGCUACUGUUGAGAUUCGCUGGUUAUGGCUGGAUUGAGCUCAGGGAGCUUAUGGAGCAGAACUUAAGCAGCCUGGGUUAUUGAAGUCCUUGUGAAUUGCUUUGGAUAGGGCGUGUUUGGAUGUUUUGAGUUCUAGAUCGCCUGCUAAGCUCUUCGUUUUUAAUGAGAUAAAGUUGU